GGAAUCUUUUUAUUUGUGUGUAUUUAUUUGUGUGUGUUCGUGGGCCCCUUCACUCUUGCCCUUCGCUGCCCCUCGCUGCCCGCCACGCCCGCCCCGCCCGCCCCCCCGGUCGUGGCGAACCCGAACGUGGACGCCGUGCUCGUGCUCGCGUGCUUCCUCGCGGUCACGGUGUUCGAGCGCCGGAGGAGGGGUGACUGCUGACGCCCCCGGGCAGCGCCACCAGCCACUGAGCGGGGCCGGAUGGCGGGGCCAGAGGCGAUGAUCUAAGGGCAGCGAUCGCUCGUUAAGGCCGAUUGGAAAGCAGAUCAGGCGGACUGAAAUGGAGGAGUAUUGUGGCCAUCUUUCAAGUUUCUCUCCACUGCUGCAGUGGUUGCAAGGAAACUGCGAGCCGCUCUCGCAGCCCAUGUUUCUAGGCCCUCUUGCCCCCGAAUCGCCGGGCUUGGCAGCCUGUCUAGGGGGAGCAAGCAAAGAGUGCGCUCCGGCACCCUGGCGCAUCGGCUCUGACGGCAGGCCGCUGUCGGAAUGCCGCGCGCGUUGCCCCGGCGGCGAGGAUUGUUGUGAUGCUUCGACUUGGGUGUCAAUCGUCAGCGCUUCUGGAGGUGACCGUGCCGUGGAUGUCCCUGUCCCCGCUUUAGAAGGCGGCGCGAAGCA